AUGACGGCACAACUCAAUGUGACCAUAGACCUCACCACAGAGGAAUUGGGUUGCCUGGACUCUUCUGAGAAGCCUGGUAAUGAGAAGUUGAAGAACUACACCAACUUGGUCUGUACAGGUAAACCGCCACCGUCUACCGUGGCUGGCAACCAGUCUCCCCCAGAGAUGCCGGUGCUCACCCACUCAACCACCCAAGAACCCGCGGCAGGGGUCACCGUGGCCGCCACCAACAGCAUGGUGUCUGCCGUCACAGUCACAGCAUGGGUGAAGAAGGAGAGGCUGCUCUUACCGAAGGAGACUGCCCCAGCUGUGCAGCGGGUCAUGUGGAACUCAUCAACUGUGCAGCAGAAGGAGGUCACACAGAGCCCAUCCACUUCCACCAUCACGCUGGUGACCAGCACACAGCCAGCUCUGGUCAGCAGUUCUGGCUCUGCAAGCACCCUGGCAUCCGCUAUCAAUGCUGACCUGCCCAUCGCCACUGCCUCAGCCGACAUGCCCACGGACAUUGCCAAGUACACCAGCAAAAUUAUGGACGCCAUAAAAGGGACGAUGACAGAGAUCUACAAUGACCUCUCCAAAAACACCACGGGAAGCACGAUAGCUGAGAUUCAAAGGCUGAGGAUCGAGAUUGAGAAGCUGCAGUGGCUGCACCAGCAGGAGCUUGCUGAGAUGAAGCACAACCUGGAGCUGACCAUGGCGGAGAUGCGGCAGAGCUUGGAGCAAGAGCGUGAUCGGCUCAUCGCCGAGGUGAAGAAGCAGCUGGAGCUGGAGAAGCAGCAGGCGGUCGAUGAGACCAAGAAGAAGCAGUGGUGUGCAAACUGCAAGAAGGAGGCCAUCUUCUACUGCUGCUGGAACACCAGCUACUGUGACAACCACUGUCAGCAGGCCCACUGGCCUGAGCACAUGAAGUCCUGUACCCAGUCAGCUACUGCCCCUCAGCAGGAAGCAGAUGCUGAGGCCGGCACGGACACAGGAAAUAAGUCAUCCCAGGGCAGCUCCUCCACCGCACCUUCGGCACCUUCAGAAACAGCCAGUGCCUCCAAAGAGAAAGAGACACCAGCAGAGAAGAGCAAGGACAGCUCGACCCUGGACCUUUCUGGCUCCAGAGAGAUGCCCUCCCCCAUUCUCUUAGGUUCCAACCAAGGCUCUGUUAGCAAGAGGUGUGACAAGCAACCUGCCUAUACCCCAACCACUACAGACCACCAGCCGCACCCCAACUACCCAGCCCAGAAGUACCAUUCCCGGAGCAGCAAGACAGGUUUGUGGAGCAGCAGUGAGGAGAAGCGAGGGUCAGCACCCUCCGAGCACAGUGCAGGGACCAGCGUGAAGAACCUCAUGCCCAAAGAGUCAUGGGAGUCUCGCCUUGACGCCUUCUGGGAUUAG